ACUGUUAGAGGACCAACUGUCCGCUAAACUGGCGGAUAAACGCCGCGAAAGGAUAUUAUUUCAUUAGGAGUAACAUUCAAGGAUGCCCUGCUGAUACCUUCUGUCUCCACAGAAACGAUCUUCACGAUGUCGGCGGACGCGGAGCUCAACAGAGACGCCAACGACGACAACAAACUGGUCAAACCGAAGGUCGAGUUCAAGACUUUGCUGCAACUUGCCGGAGCCACGAAAGAAGUGUUCACCAUGAAGGAGGUGAUGUUCUACCUGGGUCAGUACAUCAUCAAGAAGCAGCUGUACGACCAGAAGCAGCAGCACAUCGUCCACUGCUCCCAGGAUGCACUGGGGCGCGUGCUGGGCGUCGACAGCUUCUCCGUGAAAGAGCCACGAGUUCUGUUCUCGAUGAUCACAAAGAACCUGGAGGCCGUGAAGAGCCAAGAGUCGCCUCUGAGCUCCAUCGAGCCGCCGCAGGGCGACGCUCAGCCGGACAGCGUCUCAGAGAUGACCACCGACCGGGAGACUGAACAUAAGGAGGUGGAGCCAGGAAGUCGCUCUUCGUCUCCAGACAGGAGGGGGGGGAGGAGGAGGAGGAGGAGGAGAAGGAGGAGCCGCAGGAGCAACAGUGGCAGCGACCCAGGGCCCUCAGAUGGCGUGGAGGGUGAAAAAGAGGAAGGGGAGGAGUCGGGGGAGGAGUCGGAAGGGGAAGGGAGGAAGAGGAGGAGGUCCGACAGCUACUCCCUGACCUUCGACGAGAGCCUGUCGUGGUGCGUGAUCGGCGGACUAGGGAGCGCCCGAGACCGGACCAGCAGCCAAUCAUCAGACUCCCACAGCACAUCCGGGAGGUCGGAGGUCACGGUCCCAGCCUCGGACUCGGAGAGCGACAACUUCAGCGUUGAAUUUGAGGUCGAGUCGGUCGACUCCGACGACUACAACGAAGACGACGCCUCGCUGUCUGCAGACGACCAGAUAUACGAGGUCACCAUAUUUGAGGCGGAGGAGAACGACUCCUUCGACGAAGACACGGAGAUCACGGAAGCUGACUACUGGCGCUGUGCCAAGUGUGAGGAGCUGAACCCGCCUCUCCCCAGAAACUGCCUCCGCUGCUGGGCGCUGCGUCAGGAUUGGCUGUCCGAGGUGUCCAAGUCCGCCCCCUCCAGCCCUAAAGCCCUGCCCCCAAAGCCAACCGACCAAUCGGCAGCCAGAGAAACUCCAGGCUCGGACGUCGAGGAGAACGACGGCGUCGACGUCCCGGACGGGAAGCGAGUGAAGACGGCCUCCUCCUCCUCCCAGGACCUCCUGUCCUGCUCCCUGCCUUCCUCCUCCUCCUCCUCGUCGCAGCAGCAGAAGCUCUGGACUCCCGACUCCCAGCCCUCCUCCUCCUCCGGAGACUCCCAGGAGCCCCGCCCCGCCACCCCUCCCCCCGCCGUCCCCGAGCUGGACCGCAGCGUGUCGGCGGAGUGGCGCCUGCCGGACUCGUGCCUGGACCCGUGUCUCAUCUGCCAGUCGCGGCCCAAGAACGGCUGCAUCGUGCACGGCAACACGGGCCACCUGAUGGUGUGCUACGUGUGCGCCCGCAAGCUGAAGAAGAGGAACAAGCUGUGUCCCGUCUGCCGGCUGCCCAUCCAAUCGGUGGUCUUCACCUACCUCAGCUGAGGGCCAAUCGGUGGUCUUCACCUAGCUGAGGGCCAAUCGGUGGUCUUCACCUACCUCAGCUGAGGGCCAAUCGGUGGUCUUCACCUAGCUGAGGGCCAAUCGGUGGUCUUCACCUACCUCAGCUGAGGGCCAAUCGGUGGUCUUCACCUAGCUGAGGGCCAAUCGGUGGUCUUCACCUACCUCAGCUGAGGGCCAAUCGGUGGUCUUCACCUCGCUGAGGGCCAAUCGGUGGUCUUCACCUACCUCAGCUGAGGGCCAAUCGGUGGUCUUCACCUACCUCAGCUGAGGGCCAAUCGGUGGUCUUCACCUCCUAGAUAUACAAGUUUAGCUUCUCUGCUGCCAUCCUCUGGCUCAUGUUUGCACUUCCUGUCUCUUCUUCUUCUCUUAUUAAAGGAAGCCGAAUCGUU